AUGGAUGCGAAGACCCGGCUUAAAGAUGACAUUCGUAACAUUAUCGCGAGGUCGCCUGAUCUGGUAGAUCUGAACUGCAACACUAUCGUCGACCUGCUUGUCAGUGACUACGGACGGACGUGGCUUAAUGAGAACUUCGUCUACGUCAGAAAAUGCGUCAAGGAAAUCAUAACUGAAGGCAUGGACGAGGCAACUAUAGAUCAAGAGGUUGAGGACCUCAUUGAGGAUACGAAGAAGAUCCUGAAACACCAGCGCAAAAAGGGGAGUGCUGCGUAA